AUGAUUGUUGCUGGACAAAAGGCCAAUGUCUAUUCUUUCGCUGCUUUGGCUGAACAUACAAUGGGUUCUUUUGGUUUUUAUAUGCUCAAUUUCAUGUUAUUUAUCCAAUCUGCUGGAAGUUGUGUUAGUUACUUUAUUUUGGUGGCAGAUACUCUUCCUAUAUUAUUUUCUUUAUAUAUACCACAAUAUCCUAUUCUUGGUGAUCGUCAAUUAAUGACCAUCUUGAUCUCUGUCUUAUUGAUUUUCCCAUUGAAUUUAUUUCGAUCGAUUGGAGCACUUGCCAGAUGGUCAGCUUUUGCCGUGUUUUUACUUCCCAUCAUGGUGCUCACAGUGAUGAUCCGUGCACCAUUGUAUGCAGGCCAACACGAUGCACCUUUAUUGAUGCUUGGACGAGAUCCUGUGGCUGCCACUGGUAUCAUGGCAUUUUCCUUUGUUUGUUCUCAAGUGGUUUUUAGCAAUUAUCUUUCUCAACGAAAUCAAUCUUUAUCGGCCUGGGCUAAAACAAGUAGUCUUUCCACCUUUUUCAGUUGGACCAUCUCCAUCUCUUUUGCCAUUAUUGGUUAUCUUAGUUUUGGUGUAGAUGCUGAUGCCAAUAUUUUUAGUAAUUUCCCUAUCGAUGAUCCUAUUAUUAAUAUUGGUCGUUUGACUUUGGGUAUAUCUAUGAUUUUAACUGUACCAAUGGGAUUUUAUCCUGCAAGAGAUGCUCUUCAAAAGGCACUUGGUUUGGAAACAACUGAAAAACAACCUAGUAAUUGGCAACAUUAUAGUUUGACAGUGAUUUUAUUUGCUGUGUUUUUGGCUAUGGGGGUAAAUCUUCGAUCUUUGGGUAAAGUCUAUUCUGUUGUGGGUGGUAUUGCUUCUGCAUGUUUGGCAUAUAUUAUUCCUGGCUAUUCUUAUUUGAAAGUCUUCCGUCCUUUCACAUCAAAUUGUCCCAGUGAAUUGAUUCCUUUUGCUAAACCAAUGGAUCAAGAUAAUAUUAUUCCUGUUUCUUGGAUAUUAUCGAUAUGUUCUGUUAUUUUAGUAUUAUUUGGUUCUAUAGUGAUGAGUCUCACUGCUAUUGGUGCUUUUAAAUGA